AGAUUGUACAGUCACAUACGAGCCACAUCCGAGUGAGCUUCGAGACGGUUUGAAUAACGAUUUGAUGCGCGUGCGCAGACGUACCGAAAUCGCGCUUUUUUUAAACUAGUCAAACUUUUGUGGUCGGAUUGUGGUUGUGUUGUGAUAAUAUGAGAUCGUAAUAGUGAUAAACAAUAACUUUUGUAACAAAGGAGGUUUUUUGUCAGCUGUUUUUCGAGAAAAUCACCAUGAAUCAGCAGUGCAAAGUGUGCGGUGAGCCAGCGGCUGGUUUUCAUUUUGGCGCCUUUACCUGUGAAGGAUGCAAGUCGUUCUUCGGGCGGACGUACAACAACCUGUCCUCGAUAUCCGAAUGCAAGAACAAUGGCGAAUGUGUCAUCAAUAAGAAAAACAGGACGGCGUGCAAAGCGUGCCGGUUACGAAAGUGCCUCCUUGUCGGCAUGUCGAAAUCGGGAUCGCGCUACGGGAGGAGGUCCAACUGGUUCAAGAUCCACUGCCUCUUACAAGAACAGCAACAGCAGCACAUACAGCAGAUGCAAACGAAUAAAUCGCCGCCCACCUUCAACGCGUCUAUAAAUCCAUCGUUCCUGCCAACAAAUCUCUUGCCCGCGGCGGCUUUGGCGGAGUAUUACAAAAAUUCUGAGAAAACUUUCACUGACGAUGUGACGCGGCAGAGCGUAUCGCCGUCCGACUCAGGAGCGUCAUCCGCUGACCCCGAAGAUGACAACAGUUCAAGAAGCACAAGUGGUUUAAGUAUAUUCCGACCUGCGUCGUCCCCGAGCAGCGAUAAAGAUGUCCGCUUACACGCCAUACGUAAUCAAAAUAAAGACGUAAGAAGAAAAAAGGUUCUAGCGCCUACUCCGUUUAGCCUCACCCAGCCUUUAUCUGCGACGCCUAAUUUCCCUCCGCGCAGUGUGCCAUUUUUACCUUCACCCAUACCGCAGUUACGGCCAAUACCAUCUGGAAUGCAGGCCUGGCAGAAUCGUAAUGGAGGAGACCUAUUACUACAUUCACCAGCCGUUGCUGGAAUAGCCGUAGAACAAGAUCAGCCUAUAGAUCUCUCCAUCAAAUCAACUGCAGUGCUAUUUAGAAGUCCGAAGAACGAAGAGGUCAGUGACUCGGAGCCUGAACUGAGUAUUGACUUAAGUUCCGACACAAAAGAAAUGAUGAAAAACCCACUCGAUCUAAGUCUUGUAUCGAAACGGACUGAAGAAGUGCCAAUGACGGGCUAAUUAACAAAUUAAUCGUCUGCCAUUAUUUGAAUCUCGUUUAUUUAUAUGUAAAUACGCUAUUUCCUAGUUAGUUAAAGGUGUUGUAAAAAUUUAAAUUUUAAUAAAUACUUUGCCAUACAGUAUUUAAUAAAUCCGAACAUUCCUUCCUUGUAGAGUAACUACGUAUUUUUUCUACGCAUAUAUUGUUAAUAUUAAAUGUAGUUAGGUAAUUUAAGUGAAAAGACAAUACGGAAGAGUGAUAAUUGAAUGCCAUGUUUUAAUGUACUAUUUUUGGAUAAAUGUUCAUUUGAUGUGUUCAAAUCAGAGAAUAAUAUAAUAAGGUGAAAUUGUUGCUUGUAUACAAACAAGAAAUAUAAAAAUAAGAUAACUGAAGUUUUAUAAAACAAAUGUUAUUAUGUAUAGAGUAAUAAAUAAUUAAUUUCAUUUCUAUAUUGAGAAUGCCAGUUUGUGAAUACAUCGUUGAUACGUUCUUUAGUUAUGAAUUUCUUAUCAUAGCAAAUAUUGUAAGAUAUUUCAAAAUGGCAUCGCUUCCUAAAUAAUAUUAUAUAUUUGUAGUAUAAUAAUUGUGCCAGUAACAUCUAUGCCAGUGUAUAUUUACCAGUUUUAGUUUAUGGGAUUUAGGGCCAGUUUUAAAGCUCAAAAUUAAGUGUACAAAUUGAUGGGAUUAUUGUAUAUUACGAAAUCGUUGGGAAUAAAAUAAGUAUUUAUUUUAGUUUUUAGGCCAGUUAUUUGAGUCAUAUUAGUUAAGGAAUAAUUAGCAUACUUAAUUCUUAUUUUUUAAUUUAUAUUAGUUCAUUUGUGUUUUGAUUUGUGUUAAAUGUUUCGUUGUUUGUUUUUUUCGUUUGUUGGAGAUUUUAUACUUUGAUACAUUCCUUGUAUUGUUCAAGCCGAUAACUCGUAGUUGAAUGCUCAUUAUAAAUCAGCAGAGAAA